GGCCGAUCUAGCGCCCGCGGUGCUCUCCGGGAUCCGACAUUUGUCGGCGAGACAGCAUUUCCUUGGUGCCAAUCAACGUUGUCGCGCAAGAGCUGGCAAGGAAAUUGUCUUCCUCUUCUCCACGAUGUACAGAACCAAAGUGGGCUUGAAGGACCGCCAGCAGCUCUACAAGCUGAUCAUUAGCCAGCUCCUCUAUGAUGGCUACAUCAGCAUUGCUAAUGGCCUCAUUAAUGAAAUCAAGCCUCAGUCUGUCUGUGCACCCUCGGAGCAGCUCCUGCAUCUCAUCAAACUAGGAAUGGAAAAUGAUGAUACUGCAGUUCAGUAUGCAAUUGGUCGUUCAGAUACAGUUGCCCCGGGCACAGGAAUUGACCUGGAGUUUGAUGCAGACGUCCAAACUAUGUCCCCAGAGGCUUCAGAGUACGAAACAUGCUAUGUCACAUCCCAUAAAGGACCGUGUCGCGUAGCCACCUACAGUAGAGAUGGGCAGUUAAUAGCUACUGGAUCUGCUGAUGCUUCCAUAAAGAUACUUGACACAGAAAGAAUGUUGGCCAAAAGUGCCAUGCCAAUAGAGGUCAUGAUGAAUGAGACCGCACAACAGAACAUGGAAAACCACCCAGUGAUUCGAACGCUUUACGACCACGUGGAUGAAGUCACAUGUCUCGCUUUCCACCCGACAGAACAGAUCCUUGCCUCUGGUUCAAGGGAUUAUACUCUUAAAUUAUUUGAUUAUUCCAAACCAUCUGCAAAAAGAGCCUUCAAAUACAUUCAGGAAGCUGAAAUGCUACGCUCCAUCUCUUUUCAUCCUUCUGGAGACUUUAUACUUGUUGGGACUCAGCAUCCUACUCUUCGGCUUUAUGAUAUCAAUACAUUUCAGUGUUUUGUCUCUUGCAAUCCUCAAGAUCAACACACCGAUGCUAUAUGCUCCGUGAAUUACAAUCCUAGUGCCAAUAUGUAUGUAACUGGUAGCAAGGAUGGCUGCAUCAAGUUAUGGGAUGGUGUUUCAAAUCGAUGCAUCACAACUUUUGAGAAAGCCCAUGAUGGUGCUGAAGUUUGUUCUGCCAUUUUCUCCAAAAAUUCUAAAUACAUUCUCUCCAGUGGAAAAGACUCUGUAGCUAAACUUUGGGAGAUAUCAACAGGACGAACACUGGUCAGAUACACAGGCGCCGGCUUGAGCGGGCGGCAGGUGCACCGGACGCAGGCCGUGUUCAACCACACCGAGGACUACGUACUGCUGCCGGACGAGAGGACCAUCAGCCUCUGCUGCUGGGACUCUCGCACGGCCGAGCGCCGGAACCUGCUCUCCCUGGGCCACAACAACAUUGUGCGCUGCAUCGUGCAUUCGCCCACCAACCCUGGCUUCAUGACGUGCAGCGAUGACUUCCGAGCACGGUUUUGGUACCGGAGAUCAACCACGGACUAGCCCCCCUCCAGGAUAUGGGGUUCUUUUCUUGAGGACUGUGCCCCUCCUGCCCCUGCGUCCCAUCACCAGCUCCAGCUCCGGUAGUAAGUCACUGCACCACCUGGCAGUCGUGCUGCCGCCUCUCCAUCCUUCUUGGAUUUGUACAAAAGAACCUUUUUUUACCUUGAUGUAGAAUCAUGGUGGGAAAAGUUGGAAACGCAGAUCUGUGCGGUGGUUCUGCAUUCACUGAUUAUUACAGUGUGAUUUUCAUCGGUUUUGUAAAUACAGGACUUGUCAUUUCUCUUGAAUCUCUUGAUCAUUUGAAGAAGGAUAGAGUAUUAAAGUGCUUUCUAGAUCUCAAGUGGAUCUGUCCUGAGGAAUUUUCAUUUGGUGGUUUUGUCAACUUCUGUGCCUGUUCUACAACCUCUUUACAUAUCUCCUUGCAGAAUACAUUUGGGCAGAUAAGUAGGCAUACAGCUCUGAGAAUCAAGAGUGUUGUGCCAUAUUAAAACCAUUUUAGAGAAUCCCAUCAGUUCUAUCCUAAAAUGACAUCAUUCUGAAAAUAAAGCUUGGAUCUCCAA